UACACAUGAUUUGGGAAGGGGAAGUUGUGAAUGUGACAAGUGAUAGUGGAAGAAAAUGUUGUUUUCCCACUUCUAAGUAGUUUAGCUACUGUAUUUACGUAGAGCUGAAGAAAGGAAAAUUUUCAGAAAGGAACUAUGGAGCUAGUGCCUGACCUUGAAAUAUCCAUCGCGGAGGCCAUCAAAUAUGGGCUAUCAAAGGGUGAAGUUAUGGAUGUUUUGGGCAUCAAAGUGGCAAGUGCGGAAUCGAGGGUUCCUCGUCCACGGUCAAAGCUGAUGAUAAUGUCAGUGAUAGUUGGCCUUAUGGCGGUGUUUUGGGGAGUGCUCUUUGGUUUUCAAAACCCAAAGGAGUUGAUUAAAAAGUUUCAACAGUCUUAUCAAAGUACUGUUUGCCUUGUGGACCAUACAGAAGUUUCCUUGGAGUUCAUGAGGCCAAUCACCAAUUGCACAGCAAUGUGCAAAGGCAUGAAAGAAGUCCCAAGGUUAUCAUCAAUUACCCAAGAAGAGUUUUUGAAAACCUAUGCUUACACUGGAAGACCCCUGGUUGUAACUGGGGCCACUGCAAAUUGGACAGCUUUGAAUACUUUUAGUUUCGAUUAUUUUAAAAAACUUUAUGAAAAGUAUGAAGAUGCAUAUGAUGUGCAGGAAGAAGGGAGCUGCCAGUUCUUCGCUUACAAAACAAAUUUUGCUGGUUUGGAAGAUGUCUUUGGUAUGAGUAAGAAAAGAGCAACACUUAAGGGAAAGAAAUGGUAUGUUGGAUGGAGUAACUGCCACACAAAGGUUAUGAGUGAUGUCAGAAAGCAUUAUGCCAAGCCAGAUUUCCUGCCUGCAGAUUCUGAAACAAGUCAACAGGAUUGGUUUUUUAUGGGCGGCUCAGGUCCAGGUGCCCCUGUACAUAUUGAUACUGUUGAAAGGCCUUCGUGGCAAGCACAGAUUUCAGGGGUGAAGUCUUGGUACUUAAUACCUCCAGUGGAAUGUGAAGAUGUUUGCUUCCCAGUUAAUGUCACAAUGAACAAAGGAGAUAUUGUUGUGGUUGAUACAAACCAAUGGUUCCAUUCAACAUAUAUACAUCCAGGAGAAAUCAGCAUAACUGUUGGUGCAGAGUAUGAUUAGUGAAGAUGACUUUGCACUUAAACUAACAGGCCUAGUUGACAAAAGGUCUUAGUGCUGCAUGACUGAGGCUGCUCGAGACAGAGGCCACUAAUAUGCAGUAGUAAUUUCUAAUAUAAGGUAGCAUUAUCAGGUACAUUGCAACAGCAUAUUGUAAGGUACUGGUUCUUGCUGUGUUGCUUCAACUGCUAGUUUCUAAGUUGAAUAUUUUCCUUUCAUUGUAUACAAGGCAAAUAAUUAUUCACCCACUGCAUAUUGAUUUUUAUAAUAUAUUUUAGGCUUAGCAUUUCAGAGGUUAUAUGGUGGGAACAGUUUAUCCGUUCUUCAUUAUCCACUGCCGAUAAGCAAGAUUUUUUCGGUUAAUUUGUUUGAAUAUAAACCACAAAAAUUACAUAAAUUCCUUUAUACAGUUUUGAAGAACAUCUAUCGCCAGUAGGGUAGGGUUGCUUCAUCUGUGCCCGAAAUUCUGUGAUGAACAAGGUUUAAUUUUAUCUCUAAGUAUCUCUAAUAAUAGAACCUGUAAAAGAGAUUAGAUUAAUAGUUCCCUUAGCAAAUUAACUAUGUCUCUAGAACUUAUUAUCUUAUUACAUUAUAACAUGUCACCCGUAGCACUAAAAUGAGAAUUAAGGUCACAAUACUAAUAAUAAACUAUGCUCAGAUCUACCUCCAAGGAGAGGACAGCUUUAACGUCAAUCGACCAAUACAAAGUGUAGGUAGUGUUUCUUUAAUUGAUUAGCCAAUUUUGAUUGACAGGUGGCUGACGUCACUUGUAUUCGUUGAUUUCUUCGAUUAUUUUACAUCUAAAACCAUCGUCCUUUUAAACCGCCUUUUUAUCUUUUCAUGGCUAUUAUGAUAACUAAAACGUAUUAUGUAUUGCCCCCUGAACCUAUUGUCUCCCUUGAAGCCCCUUCUCCCCUCACGUUUACGGCCAGUUCAAGGUAAACUAUCGUAGCUUUAGAAUGCAAAGUUUUAUGUCAGUUAUUUUUAAAAACUCAUUAGCUUAAGAUGUCCACCUUUCACCGGCUAUAUGUACAGUAAACUUUUAUAAUUUCAUUUAAUUAUUUAAUUUUUAUACUUAGCUAAGUUUCAUCAGCAUUAUUUGACUUUUUGGACUUUGUGAAUAGUUAGUAUAUAGAAGUUCCUUCUGGACAGUUCGAGGAUCUUAUUGACAAAAA